UGUAAAUUUUAAUUUGGUAUUUAUAUUUCUAAGUUCUUGCGGCUGUUGUUUUGUUAAACGGGCUCCUAAGAUAGAUGGUUCCGAAGACCGACUCCGUUAUCUUUUGAGGGAUGUGUUUCGUUAUGUUACUUCAUUCCCCAAUUAUAUUGGAAAAUGGUUUGUGGAAAGAGAUUGUGCGGAUGACGUGUUGGCUGGGUUGUUCUGGCUAACAAAAGAGUGGGAGAAGCACGUACUGUCAACAAAGUUCAAGAAAGAGAUCAAGUAUAUCAGGGCAAAAAUGUCUUCCGACAAAGUUGUCAAGUUGUUAUUGAAAAAUUGCGAGAGAGAGAUCAGGCAGAAAGUUGAGGAUAUAAAACACAUAAUUCACCAUGGGAAUGUUCCAACUGGAAAGAAGCGAGAAAAAGAAGAGGCAUGGAAGAUUGUAGAAGCUAUCUCUAUCCUACUGCCACUCACACCAAGGUAUCCUGUCCCUUCUAUGCAAGGAGAAACACGCAUGUGCCAGGAGGUCGCAGAUUUCUUAAACCCUGUUAAUUUUAACGGAAAGGAAAUCCGCAUUGCAGGAUUAUAUGGAAUGUCGGGCCUGGGUAAGAGUACACUUGCCAAGUCGUUUUGCAAUUUUAGUCUGGAGAAUUUUUCUGGCAAAGUAUGUUUUCUGCAGUUUGGUGGAUGUAAUGCAUUGGAUAGACAAAAACAUGCCCUACAGUGUCUCACCCAAUUCCCCAUGGACCAACUCAAAUCGAUUACAUGCGAAGAUGAUGCACAAUAUAACUUUAAUACAUUUGUGAAGGGCCAAAGGUCAUUGUUGGUUCUGGACAAUAUUACAGAAGAUAGCAUAGAUGAAGUGAGACAUUAUCUUGGGGCAGAGUAUGGGGAAAACACCUGCAUCCUUCUGAUUGCACGAAGAGUAGAUGUUCUAAAGAAUUUGAAUAUUGAUUCACAGUCAUGCAUGCAUGUCCCAAGGCUUGAAAAGGAAGAGGCCAUAGCUAUCUUGUUGGAAAGGAUGUAUGUAAAGAUACCAGAGUUGGGGGCAGAGCAGAGAGGUUAUGCUUUGAAAUGUGCAAAUAGGUGUUCUUUCAAAGAGAACAAAGAUUCUGCUCCUACCUUUCAUCCGUUAGCUUUGAAAGCUUUAGGCCGACACUUGUUCAGUAAACACGGUACCGAUUUGUCAAAAUGGGUUGCUGAGAUAGAUGGCUUCACAAAUCGAGCUGCUGAUGGUUUGGAUGGCAUGUUUGUUGUGUUGGAGAAAGCUUUUGAUGAUAUGGAUCCCAGAUACCGCAGGAUAGUUGUGUUUCUUGCUACACAUAUGCCGCAGAAUAAGUCUUCCGACAAUGUUGUUAAGUGGGUGACAACAAAUUGCAACGAAGAGCUCUGUUAUAUCAAGGAAGCAGUAAAGGACCUAUAUGAGAAUGCUUUUAUUGAAGAAAUCGAACCUGAGUUUCGCAUACAUUACUUCAUUGAGGAGUUCGUUCAAAUAAAACAAUACAAGCACGAUGAAGAUUUUGAUACCAAUUUUUAAUGUUCUUAAGUUUGU